AUUGCAAUGUAUUUGCAAUGCCAUCAUACCAUCAACCUGCUGGUGUUACGUUUUUUGGCCAAUGUUGUUGUUGGUAGUAUGGUAGGUACUGUAUGGUAGGCAUUGGCUUGCCCAGUGAUUAAUAAUACUGUCCCGGUGUACGUGUACUUAAUUGAUGAAAUCGAUAAUCGAUGAAAUUGAUAAUCGAUGAGUAUUGAUAAUCGAUGAGUAUUGAUAUCAAUCAAUACUAAUCGGUAUUUAUUACUUUCAAUUUCAAUUUGCUUUUCAAAAAUGACUUCCAAUGUUUACUUGUAAAUUCAAAAUGUUUGUUGUAAAGUUCCGAAGUUUGUUUCGAAGUUCGUUCCGAUGAUUUACGAUAAUCAAGUUUAGUAAGUUGUAAUUGGCUAGUUAAUUAAGUGAACCAGCCAAUCAAAUCGCUUGCUAAUAGACCUUUAUAAAAAGGUUGACGUCAGCAGGUUUGUGACGUAGUUUGCGGAGGAAAUCCCGAAAGCUCAGAGUUUUUUACUUGUUUUGAGUUUUUUUUAAAGCCAAAAGAAGCCAGUAUUAGGGCCUGUUUACAUGGAGGUAGGGUGACCCUAGCAGAAGGGUUACCCUAGCAAGCGGGUUACCCUACUUCAAUAUGUUUUAUAGGAAGCGUUUACAUGCGCGCUAGGGUUACCCUAGGGGUAGGGUUACCCUAUCAAACAGAUAGGGUGACCCUAGCAGCAGGGCUAUCUUUUUGUUUACAUAAGCCAUGUAAACGCGUCAGGUAGGGUUACCCCAGCAAGCGGGUCAUGUUUUAUACGUCCUACUGUGACAGACAAACAAGGAUAUGGCGUCGCUAGAUUAUACAUAUGAACAUAUCAGCCUGGCGAGUAUUUUAAACGACACCAGAAAAUAAAAAGGAUAAGCAAUUUACAAAUAAGGAAGCAGAGGCAUAGAACGAAGCUUUGACUUUGGACGAGAAAGCUGCGAAUGAUGUAGUUUCGAUAACAAAUUGCCAAAGACGGCGAAAAGGAAGCAAAAUUCCGGCGCAUCCUCAUCGACGUCAAAAAAACAAAAUAAAUGCUCUUGGUCAGCCGAACAUGUCGAAAAACUGUUGUGUUCGACUAUAUCAAGGAAUACAUUACGCUUAUUUACGCAAUGCGAGUAAUAGACCACACUGACAUUGAAAUAACCUCGGAAAUAACAGACCACAACAUUGAAAUGCAGCAAACAAAGGCCCAAUAAAUAGCAUUACACAAUUUGCCGCUAAAACUUUGCGUUUCGGCGCCAUUUAUCUAAUACAGACCGCUUAGCGACCACGCAUAGGUAGGGUUACCCUAUCCGGCAACAUAGCCCUAGCAGUAGGGUCACCCUACCUCAUGUAAACGCUCGCUAUUUUCUGACCUGCUUGCUAGGGUAACCCUCCUGAUAGGGUCACCCUACCUCCAUGUAAACAGGCCCUUAUGGUAAGUUUGAAGUACAUUUUUCUAUAUAUAGGCCAAAUGAGUUUUCAUAUUCGUUGUAGUUUAAAUAUUAUUUAUUUUUAUAUCAGAUUGUACAUUAUUUUACUGUCAACAUUUAUUCAAAUGUCAAAUUUUUCGCCCGGUUUGUUUACAUAUAUUUCGUUGCUAAAAAGUAUAAUUUUUCUUUUUUGUUUCUCAAAUUCAUCAGUCUAAUCAUCAGAAUGGCCCCAAUCAAGCUGUAGACAGCAAUACACAGGCUCAGUGAUCACGCAAAGAGGUCUUAUUGUUAUAAGUGAACUUUUAUCGACUCUGAAUACAUCUUGUACACAAUGACUCGUAUUAAGACUGAUAAGUCUGUUAUUUUUAUCGAUAUAGUUGACAGAAAAGGACAUACCCGGGUCAAAAAUUGGCAAGGAUAUUGAAAAAGCUACCAAAAAUAACUUAAAAUUUCGGCUGAAGUGUAGAGAUUUAAAGUUUAAAUCUUCAGAAACGAAAGCGGAGCUGUUUAUACACUGAUGAAUUUGAGGAACAGAAAAGAAAACCGAGCGAACAAUUUGCUAAAUGUUCAUAACAGUAAAAUAUUGUACAAUCUAAUAUAAAAAUAAAUAAAAUUUAUACGACGAAUAUGAAAACUCAUUUGGCCUAUAUAUAUAUAGAAAAAUUUGCUUCAAACUUACCAUAAUACUGGCUUCUUUUGGCUUUAAAAAAACUCAAAACAAGUAAACAACUCUGAGCCACAGAAUAGGAAGUUAUACCAGAAGCGUAACUCGAGCAAAUAUUUGUCCGCGUUUUUACAAGCGAUUCGUCAUCAAUCACGCCAUCCUGGCUAGUACAACCGGCACUUUGUACCUACCAAACCUGAUAAAAACUUCCGGCUGUACUAGCCAGGAUGGCGUGGCCUGACGUGAGCGAGUUAAAAUUUUCGUGGACGUCAAACAAUAAGGGAAACGACUAGAGUUACGCUUCUGGUAUAACUUCCUAUUCUGUGUCUGAGCUUUCCGGAUUUUCUCCGCAAACUACGUCACAAGCCUGCUGACGUCAACCUUUUUAUAAAGGUCUAUUGAAUCGUCGUAAAUCAUCGUAACGAACUUCGAAACAAACUUCGGAACUUUACAACAAACAUUCCGAAUUUACAAGUAAACAUUGGAAGUCAGUUUUGAAAAGCAAAUUGAAAUCGAGAGUAAUCGAUUGAAUUGAUAUGGAAAAUUGAUGAAUAAUCGAUGGCUUGUUUUGCUUUGACCUUUCAUUGAUUGAUUAUCGAUUUUUUAUCAAUUUUUAGUAAUGAAAAAUCCUCUGUUAAUAUAUGCAUGCAAUCAAACAGAUAACGCCAUAAUUUACUUAAUACGUACUGUAAAGGUGCGGUACAGUCCGUAUGUAAACAAAGGCUUUGUUUACAUUUCGGUAUCCAAAAUAAUGAAUUUUAUUCGACAACUAUUUAUAUUUUCAUGAUUCUAGAGUAUAAUAAAUUAUCAACAGACAACAAUCAAGCUUUGGAAGAACAUAAAAUAAAAACCUAAAUAAACUGUUUGCAAAUAAAAAGAGGGCUCCUUUGUGCACAUGCGCAGAUCGGACUGUACUGCAUCUUUAAUGUCGUAACAAUAAUUAAAACAAAUGUCAACCUAAUUCAGUAACAAUGGAUUAAAUUAAGUUGUUAAUAUAUGGCUAUACAGAUCAAAUACAUGUGCACAUGCCUUCAAAAAAUGGGAACAGAUUUACUUUUGCAAGUAAUACACUUGCUGAUAACAAUCGAUGAAAAUUGAUGAAUAUUGAUAAUAUUCGAUAAAAUUGGUCAUAACUUGUGAGUAUUUUGAUUGGUCAUCGAUUGACCAAUGUCAAUUGAUAUCAAUUAAGAAAUUAAUAUCGAUUGCCAUCGAUUGGAUUUCCGAUGAUCGGUUUUCAUCAUUGUAUUUUCCACUUUAUUCAGCAUUAACAUAACUGUGAUGCUUACAUAACAGGUAGCACCUGGCAUACCAUUCAAAUUAAUAAAAAUUGAUAAUUGGAAAUCCAGUCAAUAAACCAUUGAUCCUUGCAAUUAGUCAAUUGAUAUUGUUGUGAUCCUUAAGCCUGGUUCACACUAACCUGCGAUCAGGCCUAUAAAUAAAUAAAUAGGCCUGAUACAAACCUUAACAAAAGUCCAUGCCUUACAACCGUAUUUCGGUUGUAAUUCUGAUUGGUCUAUGAGACAAAAGAUUUUUUAAUCUGUCAUUUCAUUGGCUGGUGCUAAUUAGAUUAUACUAUUGUUGUUUUAAAUUUAUAUUAUUAUUAUUAAUAUAUUUACUGAUUUUGUAACCAAAGGUUAAAUUACAUCAGCUAUAUACUACAAGUAAAUAUAUAUCAAGGAAUAAACUACUAUUUACAAUUUAGUUUCGAAAUAAUUUGUGGUAGGAAGGAUUUUCUAAAUCGUUCUGUUUUACAAUAAUAAUUAUUAUAUUUACAAUUUCCCCUCGUAUCAUAAGCCGAGGAGGAUUUAUUAGGUAAAAAUUCAUCCAAUUUUUAGACUAGGUUCUCAUCUCUCAAAAAGAAUUGUCCACAUAAAAUCUCACGUCGUUCCUUCAAGGAUGGAAUUGUUGUAACUAAUAAUUCUCAAAGCUCUUCUUUGAACCCUUUCAAUAUUAUCACUAAAAAAUUCCGUAUUUUAAUGCCUGACCUUUAACAUUAUUAUUACUUACAGGGGAAAAAUAGCUAAACAUGAUACCGUCCAUAUGAACUUCUGCCGUCUUCCACAAAAUUCAGCAAUCUUUUAGUAUUUAAUGUGAUUUUUUUGGCCUCGCUCUAUGGAGCCCCUUGCCCAAAGAAGGAACAAAAAAAAUUGUUUGCGGCCCUGCUUUUGGAGCCUCGCUUUUUAAACUUUUGGUGCCUUGUGUUUUUCUAUUUGGAGGCUUCGCUUUUAGGGGCCUUGGACUCUUUGGGGCCCCGCGCUGUUUGGAUCCUGUGCUGAAACAGGAAACAAAAAAACCGUUUCGAUCCCGGCUAUUUGAGACCUCGAUUUUUAAAUUUUGGGGCCUGACGUUUUCUGAUGACCUUGGGCUGUUUGGGGCCCCGCGCUGAAACAGGGACAAAAAAAAACGUUUGGGUCCAGCUUGAUGGGGCCUCGCUUUUUAAAUUUUGGGGCCCUCGCGUUUUCUGGGGGACUUGGGCUCUUUAGGGCCCCGCACUGGCGCACUGUUUGGGUCUCCAACUGAAAGAUGGAACAAAAAAAUUCGGAAAAAAAAUAGGAGAGAGUAAGCGCGGGGCCCCCAAAAGCGCGGGGCCCGCGGCAUAUGCUGCUUCUGCCAUAUGGUUAAUCCGGCACUGCUGGAGAUUACUGCUACAAUCCACCAUGACACUUUCAGUAGCCGUAGUAUCAUCUACGUACUUCCAUCGGUCGGGCCAUUCAUCGAGAAGAUCGUUUAUCAUAAACAAAAAAAGAGACCGGACCCAAAACAGUUCCUGGGGGUACUCCUCCGUUUACAGUGCGUCCACUGCAGUAAGUGGGGCCACUUAUAUAUAGAGAACACUAACCAAUUGCAUUGCAUCACAAAAAGAAAAAUGUAAUCAAACUAUAAAAGCUCAUCCAAUCAAAAGAAAGAUUCAAAGUCUAUUUUUACCGUUUGACAUUCGUUUAUUUGUUCAAAUUGGUUUUGGCCUAAUGCUGAUUGGCUAAUGCGCCGUUUGUUGAUUUUUUCAAUUUUUGUUCUGCAAUAUGAUUGGUUAGUGUUCUCUAAGUGGCCCCACUUACUGUAGACGCACUGUAAAGCUUUCCAACUCGAAGAUGAUAUGUUUUAUAGUGAUCACAACUAUAAAUAGAUUGUUAAUAUGUCGUUGUGUGAAAUUUAAAUUUCUCCUGCAACAUUUUGAUUGGAUAUUAAAUAUAAACUUUACUGUGGGUGGAAAGCUAUUGGAUUAAGGUUUGUGUCAGGCCAUAUUUGUAAAAUAGAGCCUGACCUCGGCUUAGGUUCACAUUUCUAGCAAUUUUGUCGGCGAUUUUCUCCUCUUGACAAUUAUUGUAUUACUGACACUUAUAAAAACAAGACUGUGUUGGCUAAUAUAGUGAACAACUGGGUCAGCUUGAUCCAAUGGCCUCAUCACUAACUGUCCUUUUAGACUUGACAUCUACCCUGACAUCCCACUAAGUGAAAAAUACAUUAAUAGGACAAAGAAAUAUACAAUAAACAUUGGGAGCUAUAGUUCAUAUGAUCUAGUCUGGAUCUACAGUAUUUUGCCGAGAUAGCGUGUUGUAUGCUAAUAAGUUUUAACUAAAUGCAGAGACAUCAAUACUCGGUACAUCUUGAUAUGGGAUUCGCGAUAUGGAAACCAGAAUCACAAUGCAAUUCACUAUUUUGUUUCGUUGAUAGUUUUAGUAACAAAGAAAAUGGCGACCAAUGGAGAUGAGAUGAACGUACUUAAUCCUGUAGCACGAACAAUCUUGCAAGGCCUCUAUGAUUCUCAAAGUCCUUUUCAUUUACUGUUGGGAAUGCAUUACAUUUUAAAGACAAUAUGGAGUGAUAUUGUAACAUACUGGAAAUCGUGUAUUAAAUUAAGUGAUGAUAGUAACUUGAGUUAUGUGAAACUAAAAUGGGGCUAUCAUCACACUACGUCAGAUCUUAACUGGAUAGUGCGGUUCCCAACUCCGCACAAUAUAGACAUUAAUAUGAUGCCUUUUAUCAUGGAGAAGCAGUUUCAUGAUACGAAACUUCCGGAAUAUUUGCGAUCAUACUGGGACGAGAUUAUACGGCAGUGUAUCGUGAAAAAUGAUGUAGGUAAAAUAGGAUAUCUUACCAUCCAAGAAAGUUAUGUUGAUCAAGGUAGGAAUGUUAUAUAUUCUAAAUCACUCCAUCAUUAUUUAUUUUUCAUACUUGGCCACUUUUCGUUUAAGCGUAGAAAGGAACGCGGCAAUCAUACCAAAGCGCUACUUUUUGACACUUUCUUCCUACCUUUACAAAUGUUCUCUUCAAUGGUCCCUUUGUAGUUUGUAUGACACUUAGCCAGUGGCGAAAAUAAUUGGGUGAGGACCCCACCAUGAUUGCAAUUUUGUCCUAAACAAGACUAAAAACAGCCAAAUAUGAGUGUAAAUUGCAGUUUUGUCGGAGGUUUUGCAAUAUUCCUUUCCCUUUCCAUUGUUUUGAAUGUCUCUCUGUUUUCUAUGCCAUCCACUCACUCAUUUUUUUGACGUGUUUGUGGCAUUACGCCGCAUAAGGCCCAUUCAAUCUUCUAAAUUUAUAUAUGCUGACCACCAAUUGAAAGUAUAUUUCUGGUGGCCAUUCCCCACUACUUACUACUAUCUAUAAUUUUGUAAUAAAAAUGAAAUAUUACAGGUUCAUCACAGAGAAGAGCUGGCAUACACACCGAGUCCCCAGGUGUUGGGUUAUUAAAACGCAGCAAGGGAGAAGCUCAACACUUCCCUGCAUUUGAUCGAGGUUUCUGGGGUCAUGGAGUUGCAAAAUGCGAUUUGAAUUUAGAAGGUGGUAUUUACAUGGCAUCAAAUGUGGAAAACUCUUGUACAGUUUGGGAUUGUCAAAUCCUACGAUCUGAAGGAAACUGCCCUGAUGCUGUUGGUAUUCAUGGCGAUAUUGAACAUCUGAGAGAAUUUUUACCUCCAGAAAGUGAAGUUAUGGCUGCAAAUACACUCUACUGGAUCACAGAUAGAACACCGCACGAGGCUUUGCCUCAAAAUGAAGGAACAUAUAGACAGUUUUUUAGACUUGUAACAAGUGAAGUAUCAUUCUGGUUUCAAGAUCAUUCUACAAAGAACCCGCUUGGCGUUGUUCCCGAUCCAGAAUUCACAAAAAUUCUCAAAGGUUCGAAGUUUGAUGGAAGUUUCCACUUAGCUGAUUAACAUUGCAGUGGCCUAACUACUAUGGGUUCAGACCGGGCGAACCCGGGGGCCCCCAACCCCAAUGGGCCAAAUGGAGACCCCCAGGCUCAGGCUGUUGAACCAAAACAUUGGCCAGGGAGGCCUCUGAUAUGUUACAUUAUUAUAUAUCAAUAGUCAAAGUCGCAUUUUUCUAGUGUUUUAUUGGUUGAGAGCAUAUCACGUGAGAGUGACGAAAUUAGGCUGUCUCCCUCGCAACAGCGCGAGAGGGAGAUAAUACGUUAUCGACCGGCGAAUAACAAAAAAAAAAUCACGUGCGCCAUCACGUGAAGAUGCGACCUUUGGACAUGC